AUUUUCCUGACCAACUACCUCGAACCUCUCUCUAUACCAAGCCUUAGCAGCACCAAAGACACCACAGAGUGACCUCCAAUGGCGUCUCCCGCGCUUUUGCACUGCACUGCCUCUUCGUUUCACAGUCCAUUCCCUGCAAUUUCAACGAGAACUCCGGUACAGUUAGCCCACGUAAACCCUAGGAAUCGAUACGGUGGCGGCCUCUCGGUGAAGGCUAGUUCUGGGGUAGUUCUGGUGGAGAAAACUGAGUCAGAGAAGGUGAAUCGCCUCAAAACAGCGUAUCUCGAAAAGAUCGUUCCGUUGCUCAAAGAAGAAUUCUCUUAUACCAACAUUCACCAGGUUCCGAAGGUUGAGAAGAUUGUGGUGAACUGUGGUAUGGGAGAUGCUGCGCAGAACGCGAAGGGGUUGGAUGCAGCAGUGAAUGAUUUAGCCCUCAUUACAGGCCAGAGGCCUGUGAAGACACGAGCAAGGAAUGCCAUUGCCACCUUCAAACUCAGAGAAGGUCAACCAAUUGGGAUUGCCGUAACUCUCAGAGGAUAUAUGAUGUAUUCAUUUCUGGAUCGGCUGAUUAAUUUGGGGCUUCCUAGGACAAGGGACUUCCAAGGUGUAAAUCCAAACAGUUUCGAUGGGCAUGGAAAUUACAGCAUUGGGUUCAAAGAACAGAGUGUUUUCCCUGAGCUAAGCUAUGAUGCACUUGGUAAGCCAAGAGGAAUGGAUGUUUGCAUUACAACAACAGCUAAAACGGAUAAAGAAGCUCACAAACUAUUGGCUCUCAUGGGAAUGCCGUUUAGAGAGGGUGGAGGUUCCACAGCUAUGGUGCGCAAGAAGAAGCUGAAGGCUCAUCAUUUUGAUUCAAAAUCAAGGGGAAGGGCACGUAGAUAGGAGUUAUCCUUGUGAGAGACCAAGAUUCCUUAAGCCUUUUUUUUUUUUGUAAUUGCAGUUUAGUGUUUUGCAGAUUAAUUGUAUGGUGGAAACAAAUUGAUUGCUCGAUAGACAUGCAGUUACACUUCCAUUAUGUCUGAUAUUAAUCACAUGUAUCAUUCCAUUUAUGCGUGCA